GAAGAAACAGGACGUGAGAAGUGAGUGAGAAGUUGGUAACUUCUGCAUUGACAGGUUUCUUUUUCUGAGCCAGGACUGCGAGGUUUAAAAGGUCCCCCCCCCCCCACUCGUCUGCAGCUGCAGCAACCCUGCCGCGUCUUCUGGCUCCGAGAGCUUUGAAUUAAUCUGCCAGGACUGGGCAUUCAGACCUCUAAUCUGAAGGACUGUCAGAGAGGAGGGUCCUCUAUGUGAAGGCAACACUCUAUCCGAGGGCUGUUCAGUCCAAGUUUGGUUAAAACAACAAAGAACCAUAAAAAUGGAGAGCAAGAGAUUUGAAGUUGACCCUCAGCAGUAAGGUCACCAUGGUGAGCCAGAACUCGCCGGAACUCAGGUGGACGCCAUUGCCAUGAUAAAAGAAGGAGGGAGGUGUUCACAGUGGAGCUGCCUAUGCAUGUAGAUCUGCAGGCCCCCUGGUCCAUUUGGAACAUGUGCUGAGAGGCAGUUGUGACUUAUGGAAGAUGCGGGAAGCUCUGAAGAAGCUACGCGGAUCCUAACGCCAUCAUGAGAGGGAAGAGAAGAUCCACGAGGAUGGUUUGGCUGUGGAUGGCAUGCAUCCUCAGUGUAGCAUCUUCUCUAGAAGAGAUUCUUUUGGAUACAACAGGAGAGACCUCUGAGAUUGGCUGGACUGCCCAUCCUCCUGAUGGGUGGGACGAGGUGAGUGUCUUGUAUGACAGGAAGGACCAGAUCCGGACCUUUGAGGUGUGCAACGUGGCUGAGCCAGGACAGAACAACUGGCUGCGAACUCACUACAUAGAGCGGCGCGGAGCCCACAGGGUCCACAUCCGCCUCCGCUUUUCAGUACGGGACUGUGCCAGCAUGAGGACUGUGGCCUCAUCCUGCAAGGAAACCUUCACCCUUUACUACCAUGAAUCGGAGGCCGACGUGGCCACCCCGGAGCACCCUGAGUGGCGUGAGGGGCCGUGGACCAAGGUGGAUACAAUUGCAGCCGACGAGAGCUUCUCGCAGGUGGACAGCACCGGGGAGGUGGUAAAGAUGAAUGUGAAAGUGCGCAGCUUUGGCCCGCUCGCCAAGAGGGGUUUCUACUUGGCUUUCCAGGACUCUGGGGCGUGCAUGUCCCUGGUGGCUGUUCAGGUUUUCUUUUACAAAUGCCCGGCGGUGGUGAAGGGCUUUGCCUCUUUCCCGGAGACAUUUGCUGGAGGCGAAAGGACUUCACUGGUGGAGGCGCCAGGGACUUGUGUGGCUGACGCAGAGGAAGCCAGCGUGACGGGCUCCUCCGGGGUGAGGCUGCACUGCAACGGCGAAGGCGAGUGGAUGGUGGCUAUUGGCAGAUGUGCCUGCCGGGCUGGCUACGAGCCGGCGGACGACGAGAAAAUCUGCAAAGCCUGCACCGUCGGCACCUUCAAAGCAUCAGUGGGAGAUGCACCAUGCAGUCCCUGCCCUGCCCACAGCUAUUCUUCCACACCAGGCUCCAGUGAAUGUGCUUGCCUGACCCGAUACUACCGUUCGUCUUCAGACACCUCCGACACCCCCUGUACCAGCACCCCAUCUGCCCCUCGUGACCUCAGCUAUGAGAUCAUUGGUUCCAACGUCCUCCUGACCUGGCGCCUCCCAAGGGACUUGGGUGGCCGAAAGGAUGUUUUCUUCAACGUCAUCUGCAAGGUGUGCCCGACAGGCUCCCCGGGGCCUUGUGUUCGUUGCGGGGACAGCGUCCAGUUUGAGCCACGCCAGGUGGGGCUGACAGAGAGCCGGGUGCAAGUCUCCAACCUCCUGACCCGCGUGCAGUACACCUUUGAGAUCCAGGCAGUCAACCUCGUGACGGAGCUCAGCCCAGAUGCUCCACAAUUCGCCGCCAUCAAUGUUAGCACCAGUCAGUCAGUCCCAUCUGCUGUUCCCAUGAUGCACCAGGUGAGUCGUACGACGAGUAGCAUCACUUUGUCCUGGCCGCAACCAGACCAACCAAACGGGAUCAUCUUGGAUUAUCAGCUGCGUUAUUUUGACAAGUCAGAAGACGAGGACAACUCAUUCACCAUAACCAGUGAGACUAAUAUGGCCACCAUUGCCAAUCUCAGCCCAGGGAAGAUAUAUGCCUUCCAGGUUCGAGCUCGGACAGCAGUGGGCUACGGGCCAUACAGUGGAAAGAUGUAUUUCCAGACUCUGGUGGGAAGCGAGCGCUCUGAGAUGGUGCAAGACCGAUUGCCGCUUAUUGUGGGUUCGGCACUUGGUGGCCUGGCCUUCCUGGUAAUUGCGGCCAUUGCCAUCCUUGCCAUUGUCUUCAAGAGUAAGAGACGAGAGACUCCCUACACAGACCGCUUGCAGCAGUACAUCACCACCCGGGGUCUUGGGGUCAAGUAUUACAUUGACCCAUCCACCUAUGAAGAUCCCAACGAAGCGAUUCGGGAAUUUGCCAAGGAAAUUGAUGUGUCUUUUGUCAAAAUCGAGGAGGUCAUUGGAUCAGGAGAGUUUGGAGAGGUCUGCUUUGGGCGCCUGAAGCCUCCAGGGAAACGAGAAUACACAGUGGCUAUUAAGACCCUAAAGGCAGGCUACACCGACGAGCAGCGCCGGGAAUUCCUCAGCGAAGCCAGCAUCAUGGGACAGUUUGAGCACCCAAACGUCAUCCGUCUGGAGGGUGUCGUCACCAAGAGCCGCCCUGUCAUGAUUGUCACGGAGUUCAUGGAGAACGGCUCUCUGGAUUCCUUCCUCCGGCAAAAGGAAGGGCAGUUCAGCGUUCUGCAGCUCGUGGGCAUGCUACGCGGCAUAGCAGCCGGCAUGCGCUACCUGUCAGACAUGAAUUACGUCCACCGGGAUUUGGCAGCUCGCAAUAUCCUGGUCAACAGCAACCUGGUUUGCAAGGUGUCGGACUUUGGCUUGUCAAGGUUCUUGGAGGAUGAUGCUUCAAACCCAACAUACACGGGAGCCUUGGUGAGUUCGCGCUCAGGAAACGGGCUUGUUCGCCACCCUGCAAUAUUCAGGCGGACAGGUCCUAUAGGAACCAGUUUGUGUUUUGUCAAGGGCGGCAAGAUCCCCAUUCGCUGGACAGCCCCAGAGGCCAUCCAGUACCGCAAAUUCACAUCCUCAAGCGACGUCUGGAGCUAUGGCAUUGUGAUGUGGGAGGUCAUGUCCUAUGGCGAAAGGCCCUAUUGGGACAUGUCCAAUCAGGAUGUCAUCAAUGCUAUUGACCAGGACUAUCGCCUGCCCCCUCCCCCAGACUGCCCCACUGUCUUGCACCUCCUGAUGCUGGACUGCUGGCAGAAGGAACGGGUCCAGAGGCCCAAAUUUGAGCAGAUCGUCAGCGCCCUAGACAAGAUGAUCCGCAAGCCGUCUGCCCUCAAAGCUACUGGCACAGGAAACAGCAGACCGUCCCAGCAUCUGCUCAGCAACUCACCCCCAGACUUCCCCUCACUUACGAAUGCCCAUGAGUGGUUGGAUGCCAUUAAAAUGGGUCGCUACAAGGAGAACUUUGACCAGGCCGGCCUGACCACAUUCGAUGUCAUCUCACGCAUGACUCUAGAGGACAUCCAGCACAUUGGCAUCAGCCUAGUUGGCCAUCAGAAGAAGAUUCUCAACAGCAUCCAACUCAUGCGGGUGCAUCUCAAUCAGCUGGAGCCUGUUGAGGUCUGACACAGAGAGCACACGCCAAGGACAUGGAUAUUGAAACGAACCUUUUGUUGUAAAAGGGAGACGGAGGAGUAAAUUUCAAGCACUGAUGGAGGGUGCAUGAGAUGUUGCCCUCCACAUCACAGACCGGCGCUCUUGGAGAUUUGUAGGGUUACUUUUUUGUUGUUCGGGGUUUUGUUUUGUUUUUUUUAAAAAAAACCAUAACUUGAGACACUACAAAUCCUGUGGUAUUUAGAUAAGGGUUGACUUGUACAUUGAUGUGGGUUGGGGAAUUAGUACACAGGGUAGAGCUGGAAGGAUAGUUUUGGAGUUCAAAACGAACCUGCUGCCAUUUCUAUGCCUGGGCCGGCCAGCGGGCUUUGUACUUUGGUUUGGCAGCCUCUCAAAGACGUCUCUUGAGCCGGAUCAGGCACAAUAUAGAGUUGAAACUGAAAGCCGAAAGACUCUCGAUGCCAAAAAGAAAUCCCUUUGAAGCUUUUGUUCCAACCAGGGGGAUUUGGUUCUGAGAAAAGCAGCAAGCCUCACCACCCCACACCCUCGUUCUGGCAAAGACAGCUGUACAGCGACGCAAGAUGGCAUCUCAGACAGUGAGUUUUAGGCACCAAUCAUAGGGUGGCAAAGCGGGAAGCAAGCAGACCUGACCCAUUUGGGCACAAUCCACAGGGGUGGUGUCCAGCUCAUUUUGAGUGGGACUUGCACUGGAGGACUUCACAGGGCGGGUUGGGCCCCGUAUUAAUUAGGGAGGGGUGGGGGCAUUUGGGUUUUCCACCUCAGGCACCAAAACAUUCGGGGGCAGCUAUAGGUCCUGCAUUCAUCCUCUCAAAGGAGGGAACCAGGAUAGCAGCUUUUUAGUAAUCAGGUACUGGGAAAGGGAUGCGAUUCUGUUUAGAGAGCAGAAGGUUCCUUCUUGGCAAUUUCCAACUGGAUAUUCAUACCACCAGAAAUGAAAUAAAAUAUUUGACAGAGGAA